AUGUCUAGUCUUGCAAGUGAGGACACCCUUGCGAGAGCUCGUAGCACACGUGUGCUGCCCAACGAUUUAAAAGCUAUUCCACAAUCUAAUGUGGGACGCUCUAAUAUUGCAAUAUUCCUUGCAAACCUACGAUUGUUAAAUUUUGAUCAACGAAAUGACUGGCCAGAUAUCAGCCUCUUGACUUUUUCAACCAAAGACGCACAUCAAAACCAAAAGAAACGAGUAAGAUGCGUAGAAUGGGCUUUAUACCAACUCUUUACCAUAUGGGAUCGAGAAGAAGCAUUAAAUAAACUACAGCCAUUCUUCCCUCCUCUCGAACCGCUCCAGUCUUUAAAUCUCAGGACCGCGCUCUUUCGAUGUCUCGAUCAAGCGAGGAAAAACGGAACACUAGGACCUAACAUUGUACUACGAAAGACUAUGUUUGACGAGUGUAAGGGAGAAAGGUUAGAAGAACUUCUAGCCGUGUUUUCGUUUCAGGUUUUAAAAAAAGUUCUCCAAGAUAAAGAAUCCUCAAAUAAGCACAUUCCACUAGCACAGAGACUGGCUAUUAAUAAUUUGAACUCAUCUGAAGAAAGAACUAUUCUAUACCCAUUGGUAAUAGCUCAUAGGGCCUCUCUUAAAAAACAUCUGGAAGAUAAGGAGAAGUCACGCUCACAAUAUCACAAAUUAUCACAAAUUAUUAGUCUAGCCAAUCGUAGAACAGAGCAACAGGAUGGAAGAAUGCAUCGAACAGUGGACGAGACUCAUUCACGGAUAAAGCUAACUGAACGGAAAAUUCAAGAAAUUCAGGAUAGGGCGGCCGCAAAUUGGUCAGGGAAGCAAGAAUGGCUACAGCACAUUCUUUUAGGCACAAGACCAGUAUCAAAGUGCAGCUUUCUAUCAAAGGAAUUUGAUGAUGUCUGGAAUCAUGUCGAAAAUGGGACUGUUGAAAAUCUGGAAGAUGAUUACAAGCUCAAUCUACUUGAACAACUCAACUACAGGGUACAAGACCAGGAGAAUCGACUUGCUAAGUGGCAAGAGUUUGGGAGAAGUUUGGCCAAGGCUGACACGAAGUCACCCCCUAAAAAAAUGAAAGGGACAGUGCCAAGGCCGAGAAGAAUUGAUUUAGAUUUUACUAAACAUCAAAGCUUGAAACCAAGAAGCUCUUCUUUGAAUCAUGAUAACAACUUAAACACCUUUACACUCGAAGAGUAUAGUGAGUUUAUCAUGAACCUAAAGCUAAAGCUGUCUUCGAUUGGAAAGUUACCUUCUCCAGUAAAUCAGUCUGCAAAUGACGCAGAAAACCAAGAGUUAAAAAAAAUGAGUUUAGCCAUCCCUAAAACGGAGCGGAUAAUAGCAACACUGGACGAAUCGGGAUCUAUGUAUGAUACAGAUAUCUCGCAUGAUGUAGACAGCGGAAUAUUCACACAUACCCCACAACCUCAACUUCUGAAGAGAGGUGUUGAACUCCCAGAGCAAAAGCGAUCCAGUUUUGACAGAAAAGCACCGGACAAGCACAUUAAAAAAAUGGGUAAACUAGACAACAUAAACCCCAAUUUGUCGUCUAGUAUGAAUGCUAGGAGAAGUCUACAACCUCAUUCUAACCGGUUAAGUGCCUGUUUAAAUUCUGCCAAUGAAAAAAUUGUGGAGGAAGAUUUGAACCUUGCAAAUCAAAUAUUAGACUCGCUUUCCUCGGCUUCGCCCUCUCCACAAAAACUUAGACGAACGCUUUCUUUGGCAGAACGAACGCGAAUGUCGAUGUCUCGUACACCACAUCUCCCACACAUAGACUCCGUGGAAGAGAACGACUUCGCAUUAUCACCUUGCCUUUCACUGAAUCCAAGAUUAUCGAUUGCGACUGAAAAGUCCGGCAAUGAAACUAGGCUAGACAUACAUACUGAUUUAGUCCAGCGCACAAGACAAAGCAUGGCAGGCCUCGAGGCAUCUAAAAAGAAAUCCCAGGCCGAGCGGCAGAAAAUUGAGAAACAAAAUAAGCAGCAUGAAAGGGAGAGCUGUCACAUUUCAAAAACAGAGACAGACGCUCCAAUCCCUAAACUAGAUAAGCUUGAUCUAAUCGAAGGUGAUCCAGACUAUGAGAGUGUAUUCAUGAGUAGACCGAAGAUUAAGAUGAGUCCAACAGUCAGCCACGAAAUUAGUUGGAGCGAUGGAGAUCCAGCAAAACACAAGGAAUCUGGGCAAGUUGAAUCAACAAUCUAA